AUGUCCACCAAGGGUGACAGCGCCCACUGCCUGAACUUCGACAGCCUCUGGUACUCCGUCUACGAGGUGAGCCAGCCACAGAUCUUCUACGACAUCACGGUGCGGCUCCGAACGCCGGACGACUAUGAGAGCGGCUGGGGGAACGUGACAUACUCCGAGACGACCAUGACGCUGAGUCAACAGCAACCGGUGGUCGCAUCAGCGGGAGGCCAGCUGCGUGCCGAGCUGGUCGGGGACCUGGCCACGGCAGUGGCGCCGCAGCGCUUCGAGUCCAAGUACCUUGCGGUGCCCAGCAGACCUGCAGGACACGAGCGGGUGGAUGCCAGUCAGCCCCUGCGCACUGCGAUGCUGCUGGAUAGGUCUCUCUUCGAUCUUUCCGGCAGGACCUGCGACAAGAUCGGCGUGUCCUUCACAGCCUUUAGGUACCAGCCCGAAGCCUGCAACCGCCCGGCCGGGAGCUGCCUCUUCUCGCAGCUGGAAAAUUUCUACCUCCAGGACUUGGCGCGCGCGCAGUCCGGGCAGUCCCCCAUGUACAUGGUGGACGGGUUCUGCGAAGGUGGCAUGGAGUUGGCACCUGGCUCUGGAGGCCAAAUCUUUCUGGCCUGCCCGCUGGCGCAGCGGCACACCACGCUCUUGCGCUUGGAGGCUCGUGCGGACCAGGCCAUGUUCGUGACCAACGUGGCCAGCGGCCGCAUCGUGAGCGCGGAGGUCGCUGCGUUUCAGGCGCUUGCGGAGAAUGGCGAGGCGGAAGUGAUGGUGCUCAAUACCGGCGCCAUCUUGGCGGACUUCACCCUGGGCUUGCGCGGCGGCUCGGGGCUGAAGGCUGCUUUUCGGCGGGCGGGUCUUCCCAAGUUCAUUUCUCAGGGUCCGCCGGACUACAUCGUCGCGGAGGAGUUGGACGCGGGUUCCUCAGGCUUGCACGGAGGCACUGGAUUCGCGCUCAACUUCGCGGAGGCCAUCGCUGAUCUUGCGCACCAAGACGUGAUUGAAAGGCUGCUGGCGCAGGAGCAGCUCCUCGUUGAGAUUUGCUCCUUGAUCCGCCCUUCGCCAAAACGGAAGGUGCUAAGAAGCGAGGAAAGGACCAUCGAGGAAUGCACGAACGAGUCCAGCGGCUCCAGAGAGGUGGGCCACAACUACUCGACCACGUCGGUCCGGGAUUUGCCGAUUCAAAAGGCUUCCAAUUACGCGUCCAUGACCUUCUCCCCGAAGCUGCCCACCUUCUCCCCGAAGCUGUUCAGCACCUUCUCCCGCUUCGAUCUCUCCUUGCAGCAGACGGCUGCCGAGGUGGACGCGCAGCUCAACCGCCAGCGCUUUUCGGAGGACCACGAGGAGCUUGAGAAGGGCUGCUUGGGGCGACUGGUUCAGCACCCUGCCUUCGACCUGUUCUUUGGCCUGGUAGUGGUCACGAAUGCGGUCUUCAUCGGGGUCGAGGUCCAAGAGCAAAUCAGGGCCGGUGCCACAAACGAGCUGCUGAGUGCCGUGUCGUAUUUCUACACCGUGGUGUUCCUGCUGGAGCUCUUGGUGAGGUUCUUCGCCUGCGGGGUUUGGCACUUCUUUUGCUCGGAGGAUUGGGCUUGGAAUCUGCUGGACACAGUCAUCGUCUUGAGCUCCAUUCUCGAGAUCAUCUUUAAGUUCGCGAGUGUGUCAGUGGCGAUACACGGAAUUGCGGGCUUGAAGGCGUUCCGCAUCAUCCGCAUGGUGCGGCUCUUCAAGACGGUGAGGUUGAUGCGAGUCUUCCGCUUUGUCAUGGCGCUGAGAACGCUGGUGUCCUCCAUCUUUCACACGCUGAAGUCCUUGUUCUGGGCUCUCGUGUUGCUGGUCUUGACGAUCGUGUACGUGUUCGCGCUGCUCUUUGCCCAAGCUAUGAACGAUCACCGAACCGAUGCCAGUGGCAUCCAUCUGACUGCAGAAGAACUUGAGGCGCGGGAGCGAUAUUUUGGCUCUGUGGUUGACACGAUGCUCAGCCUCUUCAGCAGCAUCGCUGGGGGAGUGAGCUGGGAGGAGGUGUUGGCCCCUUUGAAGGCCGUGUCCUCCGUCUGGGUCGUCUGCUUUCUGUUCUACAUAUCUUUCACCUACUUUGCAGUACUGAACGUCGUGACGGCGGUGUUUUGCCAAUCAGCGAUCGAAGGCGCGCAGAACGACCACAUCACAGCAGUCCAAGCCAUUUUGGCCCACAAGGAGGUCCAUCUCCAAAAGGUGCGGGAGCUCUUCAAUCAGCUUGGGGCCGGCGAGAACACCUCCAUCACCUUCAGAGUCUUCAACGAGAAGAUUCGCACUGAAGCGGUGCGGGAGUAUUUUGCUUCGCUCGGGCUCGACAUUUGGGAUGCCUGGGCUUUCUUUAAAUUGCUGGACGUCGACGGCGGAGGGGAGGUUGAGGCAGAGGAGUUCCUGAUGGGCUGCUUGCGCUUGCGCGGGCCAGCCACGGCCAUAGACAUUGGCCGCCUCAUGCACGACCAGAAUUGGCUCAUUCGCUCGCAAGGCAGGUUCCAGACCUACAUGGAGGCUGAAAUCCGGCAGCUCAAGUCGUUACUGAGCAAGAGGCCGCAUCGCAAUUGGGGUGACACCUGA